AUGUGUGCAACAAGAGGAGCUUGGAUCGCAGCGGUUAGUGUUGGAGCUGUCGAGGCUUUGAAAGAUCAAGGCUUCUGCAGAUGGAGUUACACCAUGAGGUCUUUGAUUCAGCAUGCCAAGAACAAUAUGAGAUCAUUCUUACAAGCGAAGGAACUCUCUUCUUCUUCUUCUGCUAUGGUUUUGAACAAAAUGAAUUCUGAACAGAAGAACCAAGCUGAGGAUUCUCUAAGAAAAGUCAUGUACUUGAGCUGUUCGGGUCCUUAUUGA